CAGCUGCAUGUUUCAGAUCAGUGUUAAAUUUUGAAUCAUUUGAGUGAGAAUAAUGUCUCAAUUAGAAAUAUCAUGUGGCUUAGAAUACGUAGUGACACCAGAUCUACAAGCAUGUCUUACAGAAGCUUUGCAUUCAAAUUAUUCAUUUAUAGUAUCUCCGAUAGUUCACCCACGUUUUCGUAGGCCAUUCACAUCCAGUGCCGGUAGAGUUGGUGGCUUUACUCGAUCUGAUAUGAUAUUAUCGCCCCAGGACUGGACUAGUCGAGUGGUAGGAAAAGUUUCACCUUAUCUGGACGUAGAUUCCCCGCUGCCGCUUGUACGGCAAAGGCACGAAGACUGCUUAAAUGAAGAACUUGCAUAUUGUAGAGGACUUGGGUUACCAGCGAUUAUGAUGACAUUGAAUGGUGGAAAUAACAGUAACUUAGCCAGAAUUCUGAACUCCUUCUAUGAAAACAGUCACUUUUCAUCUUGGAUAUGGGUUCAAGUACCUCUAGUGUGCACCAAAACAUUGCGGUCUGUACCUGAAUGCGAUGAAGACGAUGAAGAGUCUGCAUGGAAUGAGCCAUGGCUGUGGUGGUCUAAGUUUCAUGAGCGUCUGAAUUAUGAUAAAAGGGUUGGUGUUGUUUUAGAGCUCUCUGCAGAUUUACCAUCACAAGAGUUGCUGAAAAGGUGGCUAGGGGAACCAGUAAAGGCAAUUGUGAUUCCAACAUCUAUUUUCCACAACAAUAAAAAGGGAUUUCCAGUUUUAUCCAGAGCUCAUCAGCAUCUGGUUGUGAGCAUGGUGGAGCAUGAAGCACAAGUGAUUGUCAGCGGAGCCAGGAGAUCCAAUGUGGAGUUCUACUUACAGUACUUGUACAGACUGUGGAAACGAAGGCCUAACCCUGCUGAUGACCCUAUGCUCAGUUAUGCCAGAGGAUGGGAAGAUUACCUGCAAAUACCAUUGCAACCACUGGCGGACAAUUUAGAUACACACACAUAUAAUGUGUUUGAGAAGGAUCCUGUGAAGUAUGAUCAAUAUCAGAAGGCUAUCGCUCAAGCUUUAAUCCACCUCCAGAAGAAGUCAUCUGAUAAUGCUGAAAUUAUUGGGGGCGAAAUGGGUCAAGGUGACAACAAAAAAACUAUUACUGUGAUGGUACUUGGUGCUGGACGUGGUCCACUAGUGAGAGCUACAUUUAAUGCAGCCGAUAUUACGAACAGUAAAGUAAAGGUGAUUGCUGUAGAAAAAAAUCCUUGUGCUGUAGUGGUUUUAGCAGCGCAAGUCCGGGAAGUAUGGCGAGACCGAGACGUAGUGGUCAUCCCAGGAGAUAUGAGACACCUGAUUUUAUCUCCGAAAGCCGAUAUCAUUGUUUCCGAAUUAUUAGGGUCAUGGGGUGAUAACGAACUAUCUCCCGAGUGUUUAGAUGGUGCAGCAGGUCUUUUAAAGCCAGGAGGAAUAUCAAUUCCAUCCUCGUAUAGAUCUUUCGUUGCACCUAUUUCUUCGCCACGGUUAUGGGCAGCAGCUAAAGCUGCAACUUCAGGCCCUGCUAAUAACAAAGACAAAAACUUGGAAAACUUGUGGGUUGUUUAUAUGCAAAAUAAACAUGAUAUUGCAGAGACAAAGAUGGUAUUUACUUUUGAACAUCCUGCUAAAGGCGCUUGCGAUCAUGAAGGCGAGGAGCUGACUGAUUACCGUGGACUACCUCAAACAGAUAAUAGACGAUCAGCCACUGUAACCUGGACAGUGGAACAAGACAAUGUUAUGCAUGGCUUUGGAGGAUAUUUUGAUUGUACGCUAUUUGGAUCUGAAAUGAUUAGUAUAGUUCCAUCAACACACAGUCCAGGCAUGAUAUCCUGGUUUCCAGUUUUCAUUCCAAUAAAGACGCCAUUGAGGGUGGAAAAAGGUGAAAUAAUUACAGCCACUUUCUGGCGAUGUGUGGACUCACGAAGAGUUUGGUACGAGUGGAUUGUAGAAGUAGGCAAUCGUACAACACCUCUACACAACGCACAUGGUCGUAGUUCCGAAAUGUUGUUAUGAUUCUAAAUGUUCAAAUUGUUAUGUAAGUAAAUGAUAUAUGUAUAUGUAAAAUUAUAUCUUACAAGAUUAAAGUAUGUAAGGUCAA